AUGGCUCCUACCGCUGCCCAAACAGCCUCUCGUCGACUCAACUGUGCUAUAGCCCGUGCAUCGAGGGUGGAGGCCGUGUCUGGAGCGGCAACUGCUGCUAUCAUCACCGAUCUGCGCGGAAAACUCUCACAGGCUGAGAUAACGAUAUCGGCUCUCAGGCUCAACCUCAAGGCCCAGAAGCAGAAGACCCGGUGGAACCUCGAGGCCAAAAAGGUCCUCAGAGCACGCCUACAUGCCUCAAAACACACAGAGAGACAACAGGUUGCUAUCCUCGAGAUGCAGGAAAGCCGGAUCUUGUUGAUGUCUUCCCGAGAGAUGGAUCUGAUUCUUCAGCUGGAGACAACGUCUGAUCGCAACCAGGUGUCAGAUGCUGUGAGUUCUCUGGAUGCUAGCCAACGGACUGUCUCCAAGCUUCGAGGAAAGCUGUCCGCUACUGCCAAGGAUCGGCAAAUACUUCGGGUGCAGCUCUCGCGUCUCCGAACUCGUGCCUAUCAGGCUGGGAAGGCACAGGAGAUCAUCUCUCGCGCGCAGUGCCUCAAAAAUCGGGGAACCAUCACGGAAUCGGCAAGAUUUCUCGUACACGAGUUGACCCGACUUGGAUUGCCAUCUGCACACGUGGGAGAGGCAUUGACUAUCAUUGCCGAGAUAUGGGGAAUUGCUAUCUUGGGCUCAAUAAGCCGCCGUAGUGUCUCUCGCAUAGUACUCGAAGGCCUUACUGCUGCGAAGCUGCAGAUUGUCGAGGCUGUACAUGCGGCAGAAGGAUCCUCAUCUAUUUCGACGUUCAUGCUCCCGAUCAUGAACGCUCCGAAUCACCAGGCUGUGACGCAGCUUCGUGGCUGGGAAGAACUUGUUGCAGAUGACUUAUUUGGUGUAUGGAAUGCAAGUCCUCUGUCGUCGUCGACUGCCGUCAGUGCACUGGAGUUUCCCAGUAAGGUGACAAUCUAUGGCUCCGAUCACUCCAGUGACAAUACUGCCGUCGCACGCGGAAUCAAAGCAUGGAAGGAAACAUCGGAUAGGCUGCUCCGGGGCGAGAAAUGUCUUCUCGAGAAAGACUCGGCGCAGCUAUGUGCAAUUGUCUGGGCCGAAGUCAGUCACAAAAUCGUGUCCCUCGGUGGUGUGAGAUUCUGGACAGACCUGUCGGCGACGGAGCGCGGGCGACAUCUUGAUACUGCAUGGAAGACUGUCUGCCGCCGGUCUGGAGAAGAGGGCUAUGAAAUGCUUGGUGACUCCGAUAAACUCAAUAUCGACUUUUUUGCCCAAGUCGGCUGCUGUAUGCACAAGGAGAUGAAUGGCUUCAAGGGAGGAUGCUCGUCUAUGGCGCUUACUUGGGGAAAUAACCACUUGCCCCUACCGAUAUCUCUCAUGAAUGCUGCCAAUGCUCAGUCGUAUCAUCAUGCUCCCACCGACGCUGAACGCGAGCGCCUAGAUUCAGUUUCACCACGCGGAGGUGUAAAGGCGGCAUGGCUUGCUGGGGAGGUUUAUAACAACAAAGACUCGAAGAAAGGUCAGCAUGAUAUCUAUCGCAUCCACUUCGAAGAUGGCCUCUCCUACGCCGUACCAUUUCCCGAAACAAGUUCCAACCGUUAUGGUUCCUACGGAGAAGCUGCCAUUCACUUGAUUUUACGGCUCGUCAAACAUAGGACUUUCCUCGAAGACAUACGUGACAAGAAACAAGAUCGUACGUUCACGAACAUCGAAAAGAAUCUAUACACUGCUCUCAAUGACACGGCAACACUGACCGAGCUCGCUGCCAUGGCGCUGUACCAGAUUUCCGUUGGCCAUCAAUAUACGAGCAUUAUUCGCACAUCGGAGAGCGCCGGAGUCAAUCAUCUCACUCUCGGUCCACUACAUUCUCGCCUUCUCUCCCAUGUCACCAACCUCGCCAACAACAUCUCGCUUCUAACUGGCUCAGAUGCAACAUAUGGUAGCGCCUGCUUUGAACAGCAGCCAUUCAGCUACCCUGAAGUCUGGUACCGGAUUCAACAACUUGUGCCGGAAUUGCCUCAUCUCGAUAUCGUCCUGUCGGGGCUCUUCAAAGGAGUCGCUGAUACACUUCCUCGGUUUCUCAAGGAGUUCGCACCAGACAGUCCUGUAACGACCGUUUUUGCCUCGACCCGGACUAACGCGCAAGGCCCAGCAGCGUACGCAAAACCCACAAACGAUGAUAACGAAGGCUCUUUGGGAUCGUUCCGUCAAGCGAAGCGACGUGCGCCAAAUAUGACCCUCGAUCAAUACAACGGACGUGCGAUGUACAAGCGCAAUCGCGUACGACACUAUAUCCGCACACUCCAUCCUGGUACUUACUCAUUCAUCCGGCGACACGCACGAGACCUUUCCGCCAGUCAAUCAGAAAAACGAAGACGGGAUGCGAUAGCACAAUACGACCACGAAAUUAUUGCAGACCACCGACGCAUCGAUGCCGACAAGCUCGCGAAGAUCUGUGCGGAGCAAGCACGUCUUGCCCAGCUGACGCUCGUUCUCGAAGCGGACAAGGUUGCCAAGCUCUCAGUUAAGGAACUCGACGACCAAUUGGACUGGCACCGGGCUUUCACGGACGCCGCGAUACCCUCUCGUGGCCGCAAGGGCCGUGGACUAAAGAUCAGCAAACAACAGACCCUCGUUACUGCUCUCACCAAAUACCAUGAGCUUCGCAGUCCCCGCGGCACUCAACAACCACCUCCCACCCCAAGCCUUGCCAUGGGUCGACCGCAGGACGAUGGAGGGUCAGACACGGAGGUGGAUGAAUAG